AGGUCCGCCUGCAAGAAGACCCGCCCACGAGAGUCUAGUUUGCGUGCUGGGCUGGUGCUUGAUUAAGCCCGGAACCCAUGGAUGAGGACUGGGCGCUGUGCCCGGCGGUGGGCUCCUCCUUGCUUCUGUGCUCGGCUCUGCUGGCCGCGGGGUGCGCGCUGGGCCUGCGCCUGGGCCGCGGGCGGAGCGCGGUGGAGCGUGGGGUGCUCGCUUGGCUCUGCUAUGAUGCCCUGGUGCACUUCGUGCUGGAAGGCGCUUUUGUCUACUUGUCUGUAGUAGGAAAUGUUGCAGAUUCCCGAGGCUUGAUUGCAUCUUUAUGGAAAGAAUAUGGCAAGGCUGAUGCAAGAUGGCUGUAUUUUGAUUCAACCAUUGUGUCUGUGGAAAUUCUGACUGUUGUCUUGGACGGGCUUCUGUCAUUGGUUCUCAUUUAUGCCAUAGUCGAGGAGAAAUAUUACAGGCAUUUCAUACAGAUCACCUUGUGCGUGUGUGAACUCUACGGUGGCUGGAUGACCUUCUUCCCCGAGUGGCUCGUUGGAAGCCCCAACCUCAACACCAAGAGCCGCCUCUACUUUUGGGUCUAUUUGGUGUUUUUUAAUGGUUUGUGGGUUCUGAUCCCAGGACUGCUGCUGUGGCAGUCCUGGAGGGAACUGAAGGAGACAUAUUGCCAAGAGGCCACUUUAGAGAAGAAGCACUUGUAAAUUCUCAAAAUGUUGCAUUCUGAUGUUCUGCUUUAUGAGCCAGAAUUGACCAAACAUUCCAUUCAGUAGUUCAUUUUUACACUGUUGUUUCCAGACAGCCAAUACAGAUGGGCUGGAAGGUGGCAAACUUUGUUGUUUGCUUUUGUCCUUUAUUAAACACUAAUAUAAAGAAAAGAAGGGGCGUGGGUGUGGUGUGUGCCCAGCACUCGCAAGGCCCUGAGUUGCACUCUUAACACUACAAGGGGCUGGUGUAAGAUUUCGCUUGUAAUAAGAUCAUGUUAAUGAGAUGCUCUUAUGUCUUGCAUAAUUGUUAUGCCAUAUUCGUAAAUGAGUAUUACAGAACACUGUAAAAAGUUGCCCAAAUUUUUAUUCAAAAACAAAACAAAAAAACACACAUUUGCUUCAGGUUUUAUUGUUCUCAGUGGUCUCUUUGGGUUAGUGUCAUAACCUAGACAUAAAAGGAAUGAUUCUGUUGCACUUAUGUUUUUUCAAAUUUGCGUACCCAGUAGAAAACAUUAGCAGUACCUGGAGUGGUGUGGAGUGGUAGUGUACAUGUACACGUGGCAAGCUGAGGAGGCUCAUGGGUUUGAGGUCAGUCUGAGUGACAUAGCAUAUAUCCUAUCUCAAAAAGAAGAAGAGUGUGGGGGGUGAGAAAUGGUUUUUCUGUGGAGCAGCUGUCCUGGAACUCACAUUGUACACCACGAUGGUUUUGAACGCACAAGAUCCGCCUGCCUCUGCCUCCUGAUUGCUGAGAUUAAAGGUGUAUGCCAACA